UGGGAAGAAAAAAAAAUGUCACCUUGUAAGCAUGUUUACCUUCCACCGACUGACGAGGAUGCUGAAACUUGCCCACAGGCUAUGACUCACUCAGCAGCCUAUAAAAGCCCAGGCUUUUACUGUGCGAAGGCAAGAGCUUGCGGGUACAACCCUUCACGAUGCCCAAGAUGCUUGCAGGCAUCCUUGCUGCCUUUCUCCUCCUCAGCUACACUCACUGCAGGGCCCUGCCGCUUCCUGCUGGUGAUGAGGAUGAUACCGAUUUGUCUGAGGAAAACUUAGAGGUUGCAAAGGUACAUUUAAAAAACUACUACCAGCCUCUGAGGCCCACAGGGGCCCCCCAGAAGAGGUCCCUGGAAGACAAGGUCCGAGAAAUGCAGACUUUCUUCGGCUUAGAGGCGACAGGCAAAUUGGAUGACAACACACUGGAGAUUAUGAAGAGGCCGAGAUGCGGAGUCCCUGAUGUGGGUGAAUUCAAUGUUUUCUUUCGGUCACCCAAAUGGCCCAGAACGAACUUAACCUACAGAAUUGUGAACUACACCCCUGAUCUGCCUCCAGCAAAGGUCGACUAUGCCCUCAAAAAAAGCCUUAAGGUCUGGUCUGAUGAGCCUUUGACCUUCACUAGACUUUACAGUGGCACCGCUGAUAUCAUGAUCUCUUUUGAACCUAGAGUGCAUGGAGACUCCUACCCAUUUGAUGGACCCGAUGGCCUACUGGCUCAUGCUUUUGCUCCUGGACCAAAUUACGGAGGAGAUGUCCAUUUUGAUGAAGAUGAAAGAUGGACAAAUAGUGCCAAAGAUUACAAUUUGUUUCUCGUGGCCGUCCAUGAGUUUGGACAUUCUAUAGGACUUGAGCAUUCCAAUGAUCCAGGAUCAGUCAUGUUCCCCGUCUAUUCCUUCACUGAAGAAUUUAUACUUCCUUAUGAUGAUGUAGAAGGGGUCCACUAUCUCUAUGGUCCAGGAAAAGAAGACCCCAACAUUGUGCACCCCAAAACACCUACCAACUGUGAUUCUAACUUAUCCUUUGAUGCCGUUACUGGUCUCCGAGGAGAAACUAUUGUUUUUAAAGACAGAUUCUUCUGGCGCUUGCAUCCUCAGCAGUAUAACCCGGAGCUGUUUUUAAUCAAGUCAUUCUGGCCUGAACUCCCUAACAAUCUUGACGCAGCCUACGAGGAGCCUUCUCAAGAUGUGUUCUUUGUCUUCAAAGGCAAACAAUUUUGGGCUCUGAAGGCCUACGACAUAGUGAGAGGCUACCCCCAAAAAUUACAAGAACUGGGCUUUCCGAAUGAGGUAGAGAGCAUCAGUGCAGCUGUCCACUUACCGAGGGCAGGCAAGACUUUCUUCUUCUCCGGAAACCAGGUUUGGAGGUAUGAUGAAAUUAAUCGUAAAAUGGAUGAAGAGUACCCCAGACUGAUAAAUGAAGAAUUUUCAGGAAUCGGUGACAUUGUGGAUGCUGCCUAUGAGAGAAAUGGUUAUAUUUAUUUUUUCAAGGGAACUACCCAGUUUGAAUAUCGCAUCACGGAUGACUAUGUUACUCGGAUAAUGACAACAAAUUCCUUUGUGUGGUGUUAAAUGUCUUAUAAGUAUUGUUACUUAAAUCCUGGAGUGUGUUUUGGUAGACAAUUCCAGAGCUCUAGGGGGAGGAAGGAGCUUUUAGAUAAGGCUUGGUCCUGGGAACAAGCCUAUCUUUCAGCUCUUUUGAAAAAUAUUGAUAAGCUAUGGGUGGCUAAAGCCACAAUGAAUUUUAAAGUAAUAAAAUUAAGUACAAAAGAGUAAAGAAUAAAAUUAAGCCAGCUCCAAAGAUCACUUAAUCUUGCAUGCCAUACGGAAGCAGUACUUAAAAAUAA